AUGCAAUCCCUGUUCAUCCUCGCUCUUCUCACCUCAGCACACGCCCUCCCAAACAUAACCUCCACCCCCCUCGCCCCAGGAACCUGUCAAGGCUACCCCGGCUGGGUCCCGCAACCCAUCGGUACCCUCACGCAGCAAUUUUUCUUCGAAGCCCGCGACACAUCAAACAUUUCCCUUGAUGGUCUGCGAUGCAGUAUCUCUGCUUCGUCGUCACAGUUAGUCAUCUAUACGGAUCCGACGGUGGCGUUUAAUAUCUGGUCGUGCGGAGGGAACGGGACGGUGGAGGAUAUUCACGGGGGAGCGCCGUUGGUUUUUGAGGGGGGUGAGGGGGAGGGGGAGUUAGGGUAUGGAGGGGGAGGGACGGGGAUGGGGCAGAGUCCGGAGGUUUUUACGCAUGAGGUUGCGGGUGUGGCGCAGGAUGGGCUGUUUUUGGGAGGGGGGAAUAGCUCGACGUGGGGAUUUGAGCUUGUGGAGGUAAAGAGCGGGGGGAAUGAUAGUGAGUAUUAUCGGAUGAGGCUGCUGGGAGCGAAGACUGUCUUAAAAAAUGGGGAACUUGCUGGAUUUGUGAGGAUUGUUGCUUUGUAG